UUUUUCAAACAUAUGACAAAACUAUUUUCUUUGCAUUUGGAUGGAAACAAAAUCAAGAUAUUGAAAAAAGGGGCAUUUGAGGGACUUCGAUCGGUGAAAGAAUUGCAUGUAGGAAACAACCUAAUACACAACGCCGAUUUUUAUAGCUUGAAUGGACUUCAAUCUGUAAGCUUAAUAACAAUGCAAAAUAAUUCAUUAACAACACUACCAUACCUAGGAAAUCUGACUCAAGUAACAACUGUGAGGUUCUCAUUUAAUAUGUUCGAUCUGGAAAAUCAGACUGCUGUGUUUACGAAUCUUGGAGAAUUGGUAAUUUUGUCCAUGCAUGAAGCUAAGUUAAGAAGAAUCCCAGAUUUAAGCCAAAAUCCCAAUCUUUUAUAUCUCUUCGUAUCUAAAAACAGAAUAAAGUAUAUAAAAGACGGAGCAUUCUUGUUCAACUCAAAACUAGAGCAAUUAAUGAUGAAUAGCAACAAUAUUGAAAUCCUAACAAACGAAAGCUUUACCGGUGCAACAAGUCUAGAAACAAUAAAUUUAUCUGAUAAUCCAUUGAAGCAAAUCGCACACAGCACGUUCUUCCACGAAUCUUUAAAAACAGUGUUUCUAAUCGACACCAUGCUCAAACACCCUUUGCUUAUUUCAACUGUGUCGCAUCCCAUUAUCUCAUUUGUCUUGUAAGAAUAUGCAAAUCUAGUUUUAGUAAGGUUGGUGUAUCAAAGCAAUAUCAGUUGCGCGAUUUAUUAAUGUUAAGAUUAAUGAGGCGUUGACCGGCCAUUGCAAUGGUUAGCGAUAAA